UGAGGAGGACUUUUAAUUGGGGUCGGAAAAAAUCAAAAAGGGAGGCAAAAUGGUUCCACACCCCGCUGUUUUGAGAGGCCUGCAAAAUUGGGGCGGGGGGCUGAGAUUCUAAGGGGACCUGCAAUGUAUAUAUGGGGGCAGGGCAAGGUUACUCAGAAGAAAGAUUGGGAACCGAAAGAGGAGAUUAAGACGAAGCUCUCAGCAGAGUUUGCUUUUUUAAAAAAACAAGUGAUUUUUUAAAAUGAUGAUAUUCUUGUGAAUUUGGGCAAUUUAAAUGAAUGAGAGAGAAGGUGGAUGUGUGUAAGAAACUGAAUGCACAUAGCGUGAGCCUUCCUAUAUUUAUUCAUACACCAGACUUUCAGCUAAUCGCUGCGUCCUACAUGGCAGGGCAUAAAACAGCGUCUGUUUAAAUAAAGAUUAUGGAAAAUCCAAGAUUUGGGUUGGGGGCUAGUUGUGUCAAUAUACCCUUUGAAGGUCUGCUCUUUUCAACAUUGCUAGAUUUCAAAACACGCCUACUCAGUGCCUGAUAGUGCACAACAGCUUGUUAUCGUGUGAUUGAUAGUUUUAGGCUGCAGGCUCUGAAAUACGUAGUGCAGGCAGCUACCAGGGGAAGGACGUCAACCAGAGGCCUUACCUGCCUGCUACCCUCCAUGAGAUGCCAGAGGGACACAGGAAAGCGAACCAACACAGCUGCGUGUGCUUUACCACCAGGAAGUAACAGGUGUUUUUAAGAACCAGGAGCCAUCAACAGCAUAAGUAGCCAUAUACAGUACAAGCCAAAUGGGAAGAUUUUCUGGUAACAUUGGAACUGAACUCUUUGAUGCGAUACUCUCUGCUUUCCCUGCUUCCUGCUUCCCGAUCUCUGACUGUUGUUUCAAAUCGACUGGCCUCACCAGUCCAGCUUUCUUUUAGCAUAGUUUAGCCUCACCUGUCACCUGUUAAGUGGGGUGCCAGACACCCGCUGUCGCCUGAAUGGACAGGGACACGUUUUCCUGUGCUACCCAGUUUUUUCGCGAGUACAGCAGCCCACCUCGGGGUGCAAGCAGCCAGCCCCACGACCACGUCGACUACAUCGAAAAGCCAGAGACGUUCACUUAUGCGGACUUUUUCAAGGAUUACCUGAUUCCCAAUGACCCCUGUGUUUUCUCAGCUAAAUUCACCGAGGGCUGGGGCAGCAGGCGGAAAUGGGUGACCCCGGAUGGAAAGCCAGACUUUGACUUCUUGCUGCAGACUUUUGGGGAGGCAGUAGUACCCGUUGCCAACUGUGACGUCAAGGAGUACAAUUCUAACCCAAAGGAACACCUCAAACUCAAGGAGUACAUAAGUUACUGGAAAGAGCAUAUUAAAAAAAAUUACUGCUCGCCCCGAGGGUGCCUUUACCUCAAGGACUGGCACCUGCACAGGGUUUUCCCAGAACAAGAUGUUUACACCACCCCAAUCUACUUCUCUUCUGACUGGCUGAACGAAUACUGGGAUGCCAUAAAAGUGGAUGACUAUCGCUUCGUCUAUAUGGGACCCAAGGGCUCAUGGACUCCCUUCCACGCAGACGUCUUCCGCUCCUACAGCUGGUCAGCCAAUAUCUGCGGGAAAAAGAAAUGGCUGAUCUUUCCCCCGGGGCAAGAGGAGAACCUCCGCGACCGCCACGGCCACUUGCCCUUCGACAUCACUUCCCCCGAGCUGAAGAACAGCAGUCUUUACCCUCGCUACGCCCAAAGCGCUGCUCCCGUUGAGAUCAUACAGGAAGCCGGAGAGGUGGUCUUCAUUCCUAGCGGGUGGCACCAUCAGGUUCACAACCUGGAGGACACCAUCUCCAUCAACCACAACUGGGUGAACGGGUGCAACGUAGCCAUCAUGUGGAGCUUUCUCCAAGAUGAACUCGCCGCCGUCCAACGGGAGAUCAAAGAAUGGAGAGAAACCAUGGAGGACUGGCACCUACAAUGCCAGGUCCUGAUGAAGUCCUACACAGGCAUCGACUAUAAGGAGUUCUACAACCUGUUGAAGAUCAUUGCAGAGAACCGGAUUUUUGUCCUCGAGAACCACCAUCCCGAGGAAGGCGCCUCCAGGCACUGCUACCGAGCCGCCAUCUCCGGCUUGGGGAUGCUGCAUGCCGUCUUCGAUUUGAAACGGUCUGCCAAGGUGUUGAUUUCUUUGACCGCCAACGAGGAUUUCAAGAAACUGAACCCCGAGUCCCUGACCCCGCCUCCUCAGGCGCUCCUCCACCGCCUGAAAGCGGCGAUAGACACGGCCCUCCUCUAGCGCCCCGUUUAUUUUAACCAGUUGCAGAAAUGGCUGUUUUUUGCAAGCUGGGUGCAUGCUGAUGAUGUCAGUCUCCCCUUUUAGAAGCCUUAAAGCACAGUGAAUCCCCAGGGCAAAGGAACUGGUCUUAGCCGGAAAAGAACAUUCUCCGCCCCACCCUGCCCCGCAUCCCCGAGGAAGCUCGGGGGUGGCUGUGAUCCAUUUGUUCAUAGAGAAUUAGCUCUUCGAAUUCAUCACUUCAGUCUCUUUCCACUUUUGGCUGAGUGAAAAGAAUCCGUUUAGAGGCGUUUUCCUGUUAGAGGUGGUAGAAGGAGUGUUUCACAGACUUGGUAGACUGUCGUUUUCCCCCCAAACAGUGAAUCGAAAUGUUGUGCUUAGAAGUAGGAAGUCUCAGGCCCUACCGAAAGGGGCGUUCGAGGGAAGGUGACUCGUGAGAAAAGGAUAGCUGGUGGAUAAUGGUUACUUGUUCCUAAUACUUUCCCCCCUGCCCCCUGUAGUGAGUAGUGUGUCUGGUCCCCCCUCCCCCCUUAAGGCUUGGCGCUCCCCUUUUUCAGGCCUUGGGCUAAACUCUGGAAACCCACAGAGGGCAGCUGAAAUUUGGGCAGACAUCCCCCUUCCCGGGAAAGCUAUGCCAAUUGCCACCUACAAAUACUACCUAGAAGCCUUUCUUGCGCUGCUUCUAUAUUUGCAAGUAUUGCCUAAAACGAGGGCUGAGAGCUGGGCUGCAGGUAGAAAUAAAUGAGACGGUUGGCUGUUUCAGUGCCCCAGCUUUUCGCACAAUUAUCUACGUGGUCUUCAGAAAAGGAAAGGUGCCCUUUGUGGGACUGGUUGCAUGGCACUCCGAGCAAUUCAGUGCUGACAGCUGGCUCUGCUCUCUUUUAUGUAUUUAUGAACUGCUUCUGGGCCCUUAACCCGUAAUAUGAAAUACGGUGGCCUGAGAGCAUCAGGGGCCAGCAAAAGAGACUUUUGAGGUUGUCUUUUAGCUCAGCACGGCCCACCAAUGAGAGAAUCUCCAAGCAAAGGCCAACGCCGUCCAAGCCAAAAAAGACACACCCCCCCCGAAGGCUUUCAACUGCAUUAUGAGAAAUAGGUGGCCCUCCUAAUGUCAGGAGCAAAGGGGGAAAUGGAGGGGCAACUUCGGUUUAGUGUAAAUAGUAGUACUUUCUAUUUUAAUUUAUUUAUUUGGUUCAACUUAUAAGACACCCUUCCCUUUAAGGGCCCAGCAAGCGUGCAGUCUUGAGGGGAGGGUGUGGUUGUAGCGUGUCUUCCCCAUUAUUCCUAUUGAGCACAAUUAGUCCCCUUCCGCACGUGCAAAAUAAUGCACUUUCAAUCCACUUUCAAUGCACUUUGCAGCUGGAUUUUACUGUGCGGAAGAGCAACAUCCAUUUGCAAACCAUUUUGAAAGCGGAUUGAAAGUGCAUUAUUCUGCAUGUGCGAAGGGGCUUAAGUCAUGGCAUCAAGCGCGAGGAAGGGCUGGAAACUGCAACAGGGGGGCAGCGUCCUUGCAGCUGGCAGUAAAGGGGACUAAAGCUUUGGGAGCUCCUGUAUGGGCAUUGGCAGGGUGUGAUUUGUCACCCUUCGCUACAGCCUGUUAUACUUGGAUUCAAAUCCCUGGUUUUUUGUUGGGGGGGGGGGGGGGGGUGUUUAAGCCCUGAGGUGAAUUUUACUCAAAGCCUCGACUGUUCUGCCGAGUCAAUCCCAGACUUUUCUGAAACUGCACAUUAAACAAAGCUUAUUUCAGUGUCA